AUGGACGAGAUCUCCGGCGAGGCCUUCCUCCGCGCAGGCGACGGCGAGGUCGACCUGGCCGCAUUGGCGUCCGAGGAGUUCCCCGAGCUGCCCUGGCUCAAGGCCAAGGGGUACUACGUGAUCGAGGAGUUCGUGGCCAACUGGGUCGAGAUCGCGCUGCGGAUGUCGUGGGCGGCGGCCGCGGCCGGGGGCGGCGUCGGCGGGAAGAAGGCGGUGAGGGUUGGGAGGUGCGUCAAGGAGAAGGCCGGGCUGGCGUCGACGGCCUUCUGGAGGGAGAAGGGGUAUGUGGACUGGUGGAUGCGGCUGGAGCCCCGGGUGAGAGCAAGGAUCACAGGAGCCUUCUUCGGGAAGAGUGCAAAGGCGCUGGCUAAUGAGAUUGAAGGAUCAGAUGUUGCUUCUAGCGAUUCUGGAUCAUUUCUUGCAGACAGUAUGUAUGGAAGUACACGGCAGUCUUUUUUCAGAAAGAAUCAACCUGGUUGCGGCGAUGUUGCAAGCAUUCUGUCUUGUAAAAAGAAGCCUGCUUUUGCUAAAGAAUUAAAAAGAUUGCUGGUGCUUCAGGAGAUAGUGUGUUUAAAGAGCAAUAUUACUUACUGUGGCGGUGAUGCAAUCUUUCUCACUUCAUUAAUGUCAGCUGGCACUGUUGCUGACAAUAUACUCAUGAGAUUACGAAGACUUCUCAUGGUGGUGUCGACGGAAAGUAUAAAGUUGGAGCUCAUUGGGGAUGGAGCAUCAAAUAAUCCAAAAAAGAAUGUUGAAAAGACAAGUGUAGGUUCUCGAAAAGGAAAGAAGAAGUCUAGUAGCUCGAAAAAGCUAGCAGCGUCUUCCAAGUCGUCCAAGGACAAUGGAGGCAGUAGCACAGAAACAAGAAAUUCUAGGAUUGUGUCAAAGUCAAACCAGCAGACUCCAUCUGUUCGAUGCACUAUUAAUGGACCCGCUUCUGAAGAAACUCCUUGCAAAGAAAUUGCACCAAUACCAAAGGCGGAGCAAGCUAUCAGGUUGGCUGACUGCAAUAAUCAAUGUAACAAAAAGAAAAACAAACGUAAAGGGAAAGCAAAACUCUCUGAUCUUUUGAGAGCUGAGAACCCUGGACCUGGCAAAUUGAAGACAGCUGUUGCUCAUGUUGCUACAGAAGCCUUUCAUAAAUCUCCCGAAGCAGUAGAUGCCCCACUGUGUGUCCCAUCUCAUGCGCAUAUUUCCAGUAAUGACAUCCCUGAAGCAGUGGGUUGUUCUGAGUCAUCAAGUAUCUUUGAUGGAACUGAAGAAAAAGGCAUCAAAAGCAGCAGAAAACUGGAAGAUACCUUACGUUCUUCUAUGGUUAUCUCAUCAGUAACCACAGAGUGUUGUCAGAGUGCACAAAAACCUGCCAACUUCAGUGUGAAUGAGCAGAGCCCAUCACGCAGUAGUCAAAAUGAAUUCAUUGUCCAACCAUCUUUAUGUUCACCUUCCAGUAGUGAUAAUGUUUUAUCUGGUAUUCCAUGCAGAAACUCUGCUGACUCCUUGGUAAGAUCUGCACAGGAUAAGACUGGCUGUGAUAUAACACAGGGAGCUUUGCAUGGACUUCCUCCUGGUGUUGGUAAAGGAUAUGAGAAACAAAUGGAUCACAGCUCUGUAGUGACAACCGACAAACUUUUACCAUCAGUCAUUCCUGCCAACAUUCUCCAAAGUGCUAUAAGCGACAAUGGUACAGCAGUGAAGAAUGGUGUAGAUGAAUAUUAUGCAUUCAACCGGAACUUGCUGGGAGGAACAUCAUACGAGUGGCCUAGUGUAGCACCCCAUUUUGUAUCACCUGAAAUGCAACAGCGCCCUGCUGCAGCAGACAGGUUGCAUCUUGACGUUGGUUACAGAUGGCCUACUCCAUUUAACCAACCUUUCAUUCCUGCCAACCAUCAGGUGAGAAGCUCACCAGUUGAAGCUGGAUGCAAUCAAAUGUUAUCUUCUUUGUCAGUGCCCUUAAGUUUUGAUUGGCCUCCUGUUUUCAGAGGUUAUGGUAAACUGACUCAAAAUGCUGCUUUAAGUUAUGAUCCGGUAUUUGCCCCACAUAUGCAGUCUUCUGCUUGGCCUGGGUUUCCUGCUCAACUAAUUCAGAGAGGUGGCAUUUGCAGUGAAAAAGAUAGGAAAUAUUUUAGCGAUAGUGACCCAAGAAACACAUCAGAUGUUGGGGAUGAUACUGAAAGCUAUUGGUUUUCUGAAGAAGAAUCAGACGGCCGUGCAACUUCUGGAAGAGAUAUUAAUCAAUAUUUUGGCGGUGGCGUGAUGUAUUGGAGUCCUGCAGAACAUGCCGGAACGGGCUUUUCUAGGCCACCAUCUCUUAGUUCAGAUGACAGUGCUUGGGCAUGGCAUGAGGCAGAUGUUAGUCGAGUUGUUGACGAUCUGGCUAUUGGGAUUCCAUCAUCAACAUAUAAUGCAAAUGGUGCAUCGUCACCACCAUCCAGCCCAAGCCCAUCCUGUUCCCAGCAUGAAACUUCUGAUCCUUCCCCUCAGCCUGCUUGUCACUCAGUGGCAGGGAAUGACAUCAACAAUGAAGCUUCACAUUCUCCAUCUUCUACGCAAGACAGUCCUGAAGAUAAGACUACUUCGGCUGUAAAGAGUCCAUCUUGUGCCAGUGAAGUAAAGGGAGAUACACUACCAUAUGCAAUGCUGCGGCCAAUAGUUGUUUCUAAUAUAUCACGAAGGCUAUCAAGAUCUGACUUUAGGGGUGGUCAUGAUCACAGGAGCCCAUGUGUGUCUUCGACCAGGAGGGAUAUACCUCUUGUAAGAAGACCUCCAUCGCCAGUAUUACUUAGUGUUCCUCGCAUGCCUCGGCCACCUCCUCCUUCUCCUGUUGGAGAAUCAAGAAAACGUGGAUUCCCAAUUGUUAGAUCCGGCAGUUCAAGCCCGCGGCAUUGGGGGAUGAGAAGCUUGUUUUCUGAUGAUAAAAUUUUCAAUAGGGCUCAGUUUUGCUUGGAUGGCCCUGAAGUUGUAUGGCCUUCAUGGGUGAAUAAAGGCACCUCUACUGGUACACUGGUACAAUCAAUUGAGGAUACUGUCUUGCAGGACCACCUUGUUAAGAUUUCACAGCUUUCACGUGAUCAACAUCCAGAUGUUGCAGUUCCUUUGCAGCCACCUGAUAUGUUAAAUGGUUCACCUCACAAGGCAUCCCUUUCUUUGAUGCACAAUGCUCUACAUGAAGAGAUUGAUCAAUUCUGUAAGCAGGUUGCUGCUGCAAAUCUGGUGACGAAGCCCUAUAUAAAUUGGGCUGUCAAAAGGGUCACACGGUGCCUGCAAGUUCUCUGGCCUCGCUCGCGUACAAAUCUAUUUGGCUCAAAUGCCACUGGUUUGGCCCUUCCAACUAGUGAUGUAGAUCUCGUGGUUUCUCUCCCCCCAGUCCGAAAUCUGGAACCUAUUAAAGAAGCUGGAAUUUUGGAAGGCCGCAAUGGCAUUAAGGAAACAUGCCUCCAGCAUGCGGCAAGGUGCCUUGGAAAUCAGGACUGGGUUAGGAGUGAUUCCCUCAAAACGAUUGAAAACACAGCAAUACCUGUGAUCAUGCUUGUAGCCCAAGUACCUUGUGACACAAAUAUGUCCAAUGACCCUUCUGUUCUGGAUAGCUCACAAGAAAUUUCAGUCAAUGUGCUUGGGGAGCAAGGGAGCCCUCCUCGUUCUGACAAUUCUAGUUCAGAAGGCAGCAAUGCACUUGCGGGCUCAAAAAUGAAGGAUGAUUGUGAUGCUGUGCGGUCAAUUCGUCUUGAUAUAAGUUUCAAAUCACCAUCCCACACAGGACUCCAGACUACUGAGUUGGUUGGUGAGCUGACUCAGCAAUUUCCUGCGGCUUUACCCCUUGCAUUAAUCAUGAAGAAGUUUUUGGCAGAUCGUAGUUUGGACCACCCAUAUUCGGGUGGUCUAAGCUCUUACUGUUUGGUGUUGUUAAUCACUCGUUUUCUUCAGCAUGAACAUCAUCUUGGUCGGCCUAUUAACCAAAAUCUAGGGAGCCUUUUGAUGGAUUUCCUGUAUUUUUUUGGGAAUGUGUUUGAUCCACGCCAUAUGCGUAUUUCCAUCCAAGGAAGUGGAAUUUAUUUGAACCGAGAAAGAGGGCACAGCAUUGAUCCAAUUCAUAUCGAUGACCCUCUUUGCCCUGCUAACAAUGUGGGCCGGAAUUGUUUCCGAAUCCAUCAAUGCAUCAAGGCUUUUGCUGAUGCUUUUGCAGUUCUAGAGAACGAGCUACUGCAGUUCACUGCAGAAUGUAACAUGCCUGCAUCAUCAUUUAGCCUACUGAAGAAAAUAAUUCCAAGUAUUGAUUCUAAUGAGUUGUAG